AUGAUGACUGCUGCAUCCAUAGCCUCCACGGACAUGGGGCUUCUGCUGCAAGAUGAUGCUUUUGUUGACUUCUUCAACACCUUUCUGAACCUUCCUGUUUUUGGCCAGACACCCCUUUACAUCAGUGGCAUGGGCCGGUGGUACCUGUGGCCGGAGCUGCCGAGAUUCCUGGAUCCCAGCCCCGCGGCUUUACUGGCUUGGUUGGAAAAGCACCGGCUGCCUCACUUCUGCAAAUCCAGCCUGUGCCUCCAGCUCGUCCUCUGCCAGAAGCUGCUGGGUUUCAUUCGCUCGGGGGAAGCAGCAGAGCUCCUGAACUGGCAGAGCGCUGACCAGUGGCUGCUGGAGAGGUGCAUCAGUGGGAGCCACGGCAUGCGGCACUUCUGCGCCUUCAUCCGCGGAACAGCAGGGGAAGAACUGAUCGACUUCUGGCUCAUCACUGAAAGGCUCCUGGGCCUGGACGAGUCAGAUGGGAGUCAGAGGGACCUGUUCUUGUCCCUGGUCCACAGGCUGAGAGCCACUCACCUGCGUGAAGGCUCCAGCGUGGUCACCCUCUGCACCACCAUCGCUGGAUCUCUGCCGAAAGCCAGGCACAUCCAGUCCGUCAGCACCAGGAGGGACAUCCUGAGCAAGAUGCAGGAACAGGCCCUUUUUAUCAUUCAGAGUUACUGGCUCCCUAAAUUCUUCGUGCACUGCAAGAUGGGAGUGGAGGAAGAGGAAUCGUGCCAGCCUUUGCUCCAGGAAUAUCAGAAGCGUUUAUCAUGGGCCUGCUGGCAGGAGCCCCCAGGCCUGUCAGAGCCCCUCCCCACGAUGCACAUCAAAAGGAGCCAGGGUGUGUCAGGGCCCUACUGCAGCUGGAGGGCCAAAGCAGAGGUCUGGGCUCUGGUCAAGGAGGGCAGAGACACCCAAGAAUUAAAAAUGGCCACUUUUCAGGUGAAAGCAGAGAAGCAGCCAGGGCCAGCUGGGAGCAUGGAGGAAUUGUGUAUGGAUAAGGAUGCUUUGGGAUCGAUUCCCCAGCAGUCAGAGCAUCCUGCAAAUACUGCCUUUGGAGGCAGAGGAGGAGUAACAUUUCCUGGAAGACCUCAGCCCAGUGCAGAGCAGGAUCUAGAAAACCUCUGUAAGGAGAAAAACCUCUCUGACCGGCUUCCCUCUGCAUCCCUUGCCCGGCUGCCAUCCCUGAAAAAGCCAGCCAAGACCCUGGAUUUCCUUCCCUGGGCGCUGAGUGCUGAUGCCUGUGCGGGACGACCCUUCAGAGAAUUCCUGCAGCGCCGGAACCGGCCCAUGGAGACUCAUCUCCUGGACCUGUGGCACGACCUGGAGGAGUUUCUGCCCGUGGUGCUGGACUCCAACAGAGAAAACAGCUUCUUCCUGCGCCAUUUGAUUGGGGAAAAGAUCUGCAAGACCUACCUGGAUGAGGACAGCAUUGAGAAGCUUCCCUUGGAGACCAGGACUCUCGUGAGUUUGUGGAACCAUCUGAUAUGUGGAGAAUUCUCCCCCUGGAUAUUCAGAGCCCAGAUGGAGAUUUGCCAGGUGCUCUGCAGCCUCUAUGAGGAAUUCCUGGCUGACGACGACAGGACGUUCCUCCAGUUCAUGGCUCCAGGGAUAGAUGUCCCCACGCUCAAGAUGCUGGGUCGUGCUGCUGGCAGAGGACAGUAUUUCCACCUGUUCCAGAGGAUGAACCAGUCCCUGAAGCUGAGCCAGGCCUUGCAUGGCACCAGGAGCUUGGAAGGGGUCUCCUCCAAGCUCUGGCAAUUGCUUGCUGCUCGGGACCUCCAGAAUGGGGGUUCCAUCCAGGCAGAGAUGGAGCUGCUGCUGGGCAGUGCUGGUAAGAGGAGGCUCUCAAUGCACAUUGAAUUGCAAAGGAUGAUGGCAGGUGAGCUGGCUGUGGGUAGCCCAAGCAAGGAAGAGGAGCUCCUGCAGCUCAUGAAUGCAGCACUUGGCAUAGGUGGCCUUUUUGAGGAGGAGGACGAGGAGGAAGGACCUCCGAAGAAGAAGCAGAAGCAGACACACAAAAAGCCCAAGUCCAGGCGUCGUCAGCAUGUGCAGGAAGGGAGAGAGGGCCUCGAGAGACAGAGGAUGGUAAGGAAAGAGCCUGUGUGCUGGCAGGCUGAGGAUCUUUGCCAGGCAAGAAAGAGAGGAGGUGCUGUGAGACAAGGGAUGUCACAUAGAUGGGGUGAGGGAGUCACACCUGGGGAGCUGCAGGAAGGCAGCAGGGAAAGGCUCCCUCCUACAGGCUCUGGAGUCCUGCUCCACACAGACUCCACCACAUCUGGUCAGGACUGGCCGAGCGAUUCACGCAGAGAAACUGAGAAAGGCUGGGUCACAAAUCCCACUGCCAAGGCUGCUCCAGCUCACAGGGCGGGGUCAGACAGCAGGGCUGAGCCCCAGUGCUGCAGCUCCCUGGCUGGUGCCAGCUGUGCCAGCUGUGCCAGCUGUGCCGUGUCUCUGCAGGAAUGGGCCUGGGAUGCCAUCCGGGAGCUUGUCAGGAGCUUCUGCAAGUUCCGGAGGGAGAUGAAAAAUCAGAAACGCCGAGCAGAAUUUGAGGAGUUUCUCCGUCAGGAGCGAAGAAACGAGAGGGAAAACUUGCCUGUCAAGGAGAAGCAGAAGAAAAGUCCUGCGAAGAGCCCCCGCAAGGGCAAAGCCCAGCAGGAGAAGGUGACGCUGGUAAAGCGCCGCAUCUUGGACAAACAGCUCAUCGUCGUCAACUUCCUCGUCGAUGACCUCCGCUUUUACCUGGAGAUGGACAAGUUUUCCAAGCUGGCUGACUGCAAGGAAGCUGCGGCACCCCGCAACGUGGGGUCAGAAAAGAAAGUUGCCUUUCUCAGAAAGAAACAUGACAUGAUCAGCAAACUUUUCCUGGACUCUGAUAUCCCCCCCAGGCUGCGGGUCAACAUCUCAGAGAAAGACAGGGAUUCAAUCUGUCGUUUACCUUCCAAGAAGCCGCUGUCCCGGGCCGUAUACCACAGCGCCAAGGUCGCCCUCUUCCCCAUCCUGAUGUACUUCUGGAGAAGGUUCUGCACCUGGAAGGUGAUGAGAAGCUACCAGAAGACCCAUGAGAAGGACAAGAGCUUUGGGCUCACUAAGGGGGACAAGAGAUCCCGGCUCCAAAAGCAGGAGAGGAGCUCUCAGGAGCCCAAACGGGGCAAGGGCCACAAGGAGGGAAAGGUUCCAGCCUCUUCACAUCCUGCAAAAACCCCCUCCAAAGCACCCGAGAUCCUGGAUCCCAAGACGGUGGUGGCUAUUGUCCUUGCUGAACAUUACGCUCCAGGUAAAAGGCCUGUCCUCACCUUCAAGAUGUCAGAGGGCGUGGAGCUGCUGGAACCGCGGUUCCGGAAGAAAUCUAUCCUAGAAGAAUGCAUCCUGGGAAUAACACCAGGUACAUUUUGA